AACUUGAAGAAUUUGAUUUAUGGUUUACACUAUUCACUAUUACACUAGUUGAAUCGUAUUUGAAUAAUAUUUGUCGAAUAUUUAAAUGAUUAAAUACAGAAAGAUGUGACGAGAAAGUUCCAUCGUCAAUAAAUACGCGGGAACGGUAACGAACUACUUCGAUAUCGCGAAAUAAACGACUUAUAUCGAGAUAUCGAUAUCUCGAACGUUAGGAGGCGGUCUGUCAAUGAGACAAGCAGACGAUAUUUACAGCAAUCGAGGAGCCAGUGGACAGUGGGCAAAAUGGUGGCAGACGAGAAGUUAUUUUUCUCGAAAACCGUCCAACAUUUGGCCAGAUGUCUAGCAGCGAUCAAGCCUACGCCAUGGGAAAAGGUGAUGCAAUUGUUCAAAUUAUGCCCACAAGAAUCUCCUCAAGGUGUAUACCGGUUGGACCAAAGGGGUCAAGAUGCGUCCAUCGCGUUGGGGAUAUAUUUUCUGGAAUCUGGUCUGCAACAUCGCGAUCGAAUAUUACCGUACCUUCUGCGGCUAUUACGCAGUCUUCCCAAAGCAGUUUGGCUGGACGAGAUCAGAUGUUCGCCCACAGAGCGUAUACCUGUUGCGGAACGUUUUAGUUUUUGCUUGAACACGUUGCUCAGCGACGUCGCGGUCAGAUGCGAGCCUGCACGCGAGGAGAUCAUUUCCACCCAAGUAGAAAUUUUAACAGUAUUGACAAACCUCAUACGAGGGUACAAAGAUCAAAAUGGCAGCAGAGGGAUGCAAGCAAAGCUGUCAUUGUGCAAAUGCAUAGUACCGGUGUUGAUCGGUUUGGCCCGAUCGAUGGGUCGUUUCGCGUGCACGGAUCCGCCUCUUCUUUGUCGCAUUUUCCCAAGACCGGAAGCUCCCCCCUCCGCAGCAAACGCAGACACGAACUUAACACUAGAAAAGAAACAACACAGUUUUCCCAACUUCCGGCCGAUCAUUCCCCGAUCCUUGAGCGGCAACCUAAACCCUCAUCCAGCCAUUGAUAAUGCUCCGGGUCUUCUGACCGGAGAUUACGAAUUCCCCUGUGCUAAACGACCGUCGUUGCAAUCGUACUCGUCGGUGCCCUACGAUCCAGCCACGUACUUCUUUAGCAGAUACGGAUCGAGCUUCAAUCAGUUCCCUCAAAUGCGAUGCAACGAAAGCCCGGAAAGGAGAGCCGGUAUGCAGUUUAGCGUGGUGCAUUUACAAAGCGUGUUAGCUCUGGCAAAGAAGCUACUUACGAAGGAAAUCUUAACGUUCCUCGAUGAAGAGGCUCAACAAAUUUACAGUUCCGAUCAGGUGCAGAUAUUCCCCUAUCGAACGUUUAACGAAACUAUGAAUCUAGUAAUGGUCGCUCUUUUGCGAGAAUUGUUGCAAAAUCAACGCGAUUUGCCUGCCCCUUUCACGAGAGACGUGCAAGAGUUUGUGAAGGGACUGUUUUUAUCGGGCCAAACGGAAUUACAGUCGCGUCAGCACGACGCUAGCGAGCGCGAAGACAUGGACACUAAUUUUCGAACUGUAAAUAGAUUUAAAGUAAACGUAAUGGCUAAUUCUGCGUGCGUUGAUCUACUUGUGUGGGCAAUCGGCGAUGAAACUGGUGCGGAUAGUUUGUGUGGCCGUCUGGUUGAAAAGAUUAAUUCUAAUCACGGGCCAAAAUUGGUGCUGGCGCAUAUGCCUCUGCUGAUGGUGUGUUUAGAAGGAUUGGGAAAAUUAGCACAGAAGUUUCCUAACAUAGCAAGCACCUCUAUUUAUUAUCUCCGGGACUUUCUCGUUGUACCAUCGCCUAUACUUCUCAAACUGCACCGACACCAACAUGGAAAAGGUAGAUCAAUGCUCUCGACUUUAAUCUGUGACUGUUGCACAGAUAGUAUCGGAACAAAUGUUUCUAUUCAAGGGAAAGAGAUACAAGACAUCAAAGAAACUACAUCCUCUGCACAACUGGCCUUUGAAAAGCUACGCGAUGCGGCUAUUGGCAAUCUUUGCAUCGCUUUGGAAGCUGCUCAUUCUGUAAACGCUGACUGCGUACCGGCAUUAGUCGCCAGUGUCUCGAAUAGAUUGUUCGCUGCUGAUAUAUGCGACGGCGAUUCUGAUGAGAAGUCGAAUAGCGAAUUAAUUUCAAAAAACAUUGUAAUCAUGCUGGGACAUGUUGCCGUUGCUUUAAAAGACACGCCGAAGACCAUGCGCACAAUAUUCUCAUUUUUUCAGCAAAUAUUCUGCCGUGCACCGAGCGAUCUCGAUUUUCUAAUAGUCAAUCAGUUAGGUUGCAUGAUAAUCGCAAAAUGCGAGGCAAAGAUUUACGGGGACAUAAUGGAAAUGUUCUCCAUGUCGUUGGGCUCUAGCACAGCAACUUAUGCCUCGAACGACGAUCGCAAACAGUAUUGCCACGUGGCUAACGCGGUCACAAACGCUCUUGCAAAUAUAGCAGCGAAUCUACAGGGUGCAACGGAAUUGGAUGAUUUGCUGCUUCAUUUGCUCGAACUUUUCGUUCAGCUGGGGCUAGAGGGCAAACGUGCUAGCGACAAAGUGUCGAACAAUAUUAUCGCUGCGAAGGCGGCGAGUAGCGCGGGAAACUUGGGUGUGCUGAUCCCGGUGAUCGCCAUAUUAGUACGAAGACUUUUGCCAAUCAGGCACCCAGAAAAGAGGCUUCUGAAACUUUUCAAAGACUUCUGGCUGUAUUGCGUUGUGAUGGGUUUCGCCAGUGACCAAGCAUCGAGAUUAUGGCCUCCGGAAUGGCACGAGGGCGUUAAGGAGAUUGCUGUUAAAUCGCCUUAUCUUAUUUCGCAAACCAGUGCACGGUUCGAGAUGAGAGAAUUGCAAUAUACCUCGGCCGUACGAAACGACAGCGUCUCCCUGACCGAAUUGCAAGAGCUUAGGAAUCAAAUUCUAAAAUUGAGCACUCGAACCAACGACAUAUCGCAAUACGUAACGAAAUUGCAGUUCGCGCAAUGCACGUACUUGCUAUCCGUGUAUUGGUUAGAAACGUUAAGGGUGGAGAACAGUCCCCAGCCAAGCCUACAACCGAUCAUGGAGUAUCUGUGCGACACUUAUCUGCAGAAGGAAAAGAGUGGUAUGUGGCAGUGCGUGUGCUGCGUGGCCGAUUCCGUGUUUGUAAAAUUUAAGGACGCCAUGCAACGCAAGCCAAAGGAUGAGAAGCGAGAAGCUCAACUCGAGAACCAUGCUCAAUUUCUGCUAGUACAUUUUAACCACGUUCAUAAACAAAUCAGACGAAUAGCCGACAAGUAUCUCAGCGCGUUGGUGGACGCUUUUCCACAUCUUCUAUGGAAUUGCAAGGUGCUUUGGAGUAUGUUAGAUAUAUUACAGAUUUUAUCCUUCUCGUUGCAAAUUGAUCCGAACGAGGAAACACCGAUUCUACGAAUUCCUAGUACACCGUACAGUAUUGAACUCAUGGACACGUCCGAAGCAAGAGAAAUAAUCGUGAAAGAUUUUACCGCGAGAUGCAAGGGCAUAGUGCAGGAGGCUAUGAAAUGGGCGCCACAGGCCACCAGAUCGCAUUUGCAGGAGUAUGUGAAUCAGAUACCAUCUUCUGGACUGAAACAUCACUCUGGUCUGUGCUUGUCCACGGACUCUGUCCUCGAAUUUGUGGAUCUUGCUACUAAUUCGUUGGACAAGCGACCGCGUUGUCCAAAGGGCGCCAGCUCCUGGCUGCUGUCGAUGAUGUCGACGCGAUCACGAUACGCCGGAGAAAUAGCUGGUAUACUCUACUUGGCGCAGACAGACAGGAACAAAGUUAUUGAUUUGCUGAUCGAAGCCGUGUGGAUGAGCUGUCGUAAUCGUAACGAACUCAAGCAUCGCAGUGCUCUGUGGCGUGCUACCGCCUUAUUGAUCUCUAUGCCUGGAAUACACAGGCGUUUGUUGCAUACGGUCGCCUCCUCGCAGAUCGAAUUGUUCACUGCUGCGUCCAUGAUCACGGCGGUCGAGUGCUGGCAAUGGAUACUCACUGUUCGACCAGAUCUCAAACUACGCUUUCUACAAGAGAUGCUUGUCGCGUGGCAGUACACCGUCGAUAAACGAAUGGGUCUGUUUGCGCCGAACGAAGAGGAGGUCAGUCCACUGGCCGUGUACGAGGGAUGCAAACUAGGCCCGAAUCCUCCUCUCGUCAAGCCCCACGAGAUCUGGGUCAGCUUUAUCGUGGAGUUGAUCGAGACUGCCAAGUAUUGCUGUCAAGAGACGGUGGACAUGAUCGUCACUUUGCUGCACCGUACGCUGCCAAUGACCAUUGGCGCUUCCGGCGAGGAACCCGGAAUGAGUCGCCACGUUGCUGCCGUCGGUGUGCGCUUUAAACUGCUCUCUUGCGGAUUGCUCCUCCUCCAGGGAGACAUUUUGCCAAGGACGUUGAGCAAAAACGUAUUACGUGAACGCGUUUAUUGUAACUGUUUGGAUUACUUCUGUCGGGACCGUCAAGUGCCAACGCAAGAACUCGACCAGCUGCGCGAGGACUUGAUCACGCUCAUACGUUUCUGGCAGGUUAUGCACAGCGAUAAAAAGUAUCUGGUGAUGACCGGUAACGAAGGCGAAUUCGAGAUGUUAACGCCCCAGUCUUACACGCCUGGCGGGUUCGGGCAUAGCGAGACUAUUGGCUCCCUGAGCACGUCUCUAGGCACAACGAACAACGAAUUCUCGAAAACGCCGUCGAGCGUGUGGAUCAAUACGGUCCCUAUGUCCACCAGUAGCAAUACUCUGGGUAAACGUAGCAAUCGUAGCAAGCGUGUCAUGAACGCCAACGUCUUCGUGAAAGACUACAUAAAGAAACGAAAUUUGAUUCUGGAAUUGCUGGCGGUGGAGAUCGAAAUGCUAUUAGUUUGGAGGAAUCCUGGUGGCAGGCAGGAGCUCGCGCUUCCUGGCGAAUCGAGCAUCGCCGAAUGGCGUGCCAAGGGCAUGAAUGACAAAUGGCGCGAGUACACGCGACUCGCGUGGCAGAUCAGCCCUGUCCUCGCGGUAUUUUUACCGGUCCGGCUCAAGAACUCCGAAAUUAUUAUCAAGGAAGUGUGCGUACAGGUGCAUCUCAAACCUGUGCCGGUCAUGCACGUCCCGGAAGCUUUGCAAUAUCUGGUUACCACGGACACGUUACUUAACGAUGUACCUGAGUUGGUGUACAUGUUAACGUGGGAAAGAGUAUCGCCCAUUCAAGCACUGGCAUACUUCUCGCGUCAGUUUCCUCAUCAUCCGAUCUCUGCACAGUAUGCAGUAGAGGUCCUAAGCAGUUACCCUGCAGAUGCUGUGCUUUUCUACAUACCUCAACUUGUGCAAGCAGUACGUCACGAUACGAUGGGCUACGUGAUAGAGUUUAUCAAAAAGAUUGCUAAACGUUCACAGGUAGUGGCGCAUCAAUUAAUUUGGAACAUGCACACGAACAUGUACAUGGACGAGGAUAAACAAAUAAAGGACCCUGUUCUCUUCGAUGUACUAGACUCGUUGGUAAAAAGUAUUCUGGGUUCGUUGUCCGGCCCAGCGAAACAGUUCUACGAAAGGGAGUUCGAAUUUUUCGAGAAGAUCACGAAUAUUUCUGGCGAGAUAAGACAAUAUCCUAAAGGACCUGAUCGCAAAGCAGCGUGUUUGAAAGCUCUGUCACAGAUCAAGCUACAACCUGGUUGCUAUUUACCAUCCAAUCCCGAAGCUAUGGUCAUCGACAUUGAUUAUAAAAGCGGUACUCCUAUGCAGAGUGCCGCAAAAGCGCCAUUUUUGGCGCGUUUCAAAGUACAAAAGUAUGGAAUUAACGAAUUAGAAAAUAUCGCGUUAGCUGUGUCGGCUAAUGGGAAAGUAGAGAUUAAGCGGGAGCCAACGAAAGAGACGUGGCAGGCUGCUAUUUUUAAAGUCGGCGACGAUGUUAGACAAGAUAUGCUUGCUCUGCAAGUGAUCAGUAUUUUCAAGAAUAUAUUCCAAAAAGUUGGACUAAAUCUAUUUUUGUUCCCAUACAGAGUAGUAGCUACAGCGCCUGGGUGCGGUGUUAUAGAAUGCGUACCGAACGCAACGUCGCGUGACCAGCUUGGUCGAACGACUGACAUAGACAUGCAUCAGUAUUUCAUCACGCGUUACGGGGACGAGACAACAAAAGAGUUUCAAAACGUCCGUCGUAAUUUUGUGAGGUCUAUGGCCGCCUACAGCGUGAUCACGUACCUCUUGCAAAUAAAAGAUCGCCACAACGGCAACAUUAUGCUAGACACCGAAGGCCAUAUUAUACAUAUCGAUUUUGGGUUCAUGUUCGAAAGUUCACCAGGUGGUAAUCUAGGUUUUGAGCCUGAUAUCAAACUGACUGACGAAAUGGUGCUCGUGAUGGGAGGUAAAAUGGACUCUGCGCCCUUCCGUUGGUUCAUGGAACUAUGCGUGCAAGCCUUCCUAGCUGUGAGACCUUACCAAGAGGCGAUCAUUUCUCUGGUCUCCCUUAUGCUUGAUACCGGGUUGCCCUGUUUCCGUGGACAAACGAUAAAGCUUUUGCGCGGCAGAUUCGUGCCGACUGCUACCGAUCGCGAUGCAGCUGCCUUUAUGCUCAACAUAAUACGCAACAGCUACCUCAACUUCCGUACGAAAACAUACGACAUGAUACAGUAUUAUCAGAAUCAAAUUCCAUAUUAAAUUAUUACGUUUGAG